ACAAACCCAUCCAUCCAUCCAUCCAUCAUCCAUUUACCUGUCUCGCCGCCUCCCUUCUCUAACUGCUUGUGCUUCAAGCAACCAAGCACCCGACCACCCACCCCCCUAGUGCCCUGGCACCGCAAAACAUCCGAACUGUGA